AUGGAAACUUUGCCAGUAGAGAUGGCAAUUGAUACAUCUCCAAUUCUUCACUUUCCAAUCUCGCCAGGUUGUUAUCAUCCAACAAGAUUAAAGUGCCAGGAAUAUACAGCAAUUGUGCGUGAACGCGUCAAUACGAUGCUUCAACACGAGCACCACAUUACCAAUCGUCAAGAUCAGCAUUUACCACCAAUUGACACACAAGAGUGGAAACAGGUACAAAGUAGCAAAGAUCUUUGUUUUUAUAAACAAAUUCGUAACGAUCGAACAAUCGAGCAAUUGGCAAGUGAAGAAGCUCUUCCGGAUAUACGUCAAGCUGUACGAAAUGGGUACUCAACAAUGCUCUGUCGUGGACAAAUACAAGGUUCUAUGGAGAAUAUCAUGUACGGAAUGACAACUUCGUCUCAAGCAGAUUUAAUGACAGCUUUUUCAUUUAAAAAUGCGCCUAGAGACUGUGUUUGGCUCGGUACUAUCGAAAAUUCGACAUCAGAAGACCCAUUUCAUUCUGUGGACUUUAUUUGGACCAUGCCGAAGGUCACAGCGUACGUAGUUGAUACUUGUUAUCUCAAAGCUACAGGAGUUGAAAGUGAUAUCAAUGGAAAACAGUAUGGGUAUCUAAUACUCCAUUCAGUAGAUUUACCCCAAUGUCGACCUUUUGAUGCUCGUGGGGUCUCUCGAAUCAAAAUGUAUAUUAGCUGCCUCUUUCGUGAAAUUUCAUCUGGAAUAUUAAAUGUUACUGUGCGUGGAAUUCUUAAUCCGGGAAAACGAACUGGCAUAAUAGCCAAAACGUUGAUUGCAUUAUCCAUUAAGUCUUUCAUGGUCGGACUGUUGAAUUCUGUGAGCAUUGGCUUGGCGAAAAAACUUACGCUCAUGGCGCGUCGCAAUCAUAUGAAACUGCAACGUCUCAAACAGUCUGAGUGCUCGAUCUGCAUGAAGACACAAAAAAGAUUGUUGUUUGCUUUAAAGACGCAUUUGUUUCAAUGUGGUGUGUGUGGUGCUACAGCUUGUGCCGAUUGUAUUGCCAACACAAAACAAAUUCUCCUUCUUGGUCGCAAUGCUCCACAUUUGAAACAAUCAUGUUGUACUACAUGUCUUCGAGACGCUCGAGUGACGUAUGGAAUUCGUCCAAAAGAACCCGAAUUUCAAGUCGUUGCCGACUACUAUCUUCACCAAAAUUCACACAUUGUCAACCCAAUAAGUCCCUCUCUGUCAGUGACAUCUCAGUCUUCGGUGUCGAAGAUGUAUCCACUUGAUACAAUUACUCGUAGCCAACGGCGGUCAUUAUUGAAAAGUUGUUUGUCAGCCGAUAUGCCAACGAAUUCGACAGCUGAUAGUUUGAAUACGAAUUCAUUCUCAAGAGACCUCGAUGAAGCUGAUUUUUGCUUUAGUGACGACGAAAGCCCCAACCAUCCAGAAUCAAGUCUUAACCUGUCAAGCGACUCGAAUGAAAGCACGUUGACAUUUUGGCACGGCACACAUCGCAUGUAUGCCGACGAUUUUAUUCCCAUGACUGCAAAAAGUGCACCAUGUUCGAAAUUUCAAUUAAUGCAGACAUUGUUUCAACUUAAUAUCAAGGCAGAAAAUACUUUAUUGCAAACACAAGCUACUACAAGGGGACUACGUGGUGCUGAGCUUGAUUGA